AUGUCCUAUUUCUCCAAAUUCCUAAGAUCGACGACACAACCUCCCCCUAAACCCCAAGUCGACCAUGUUCAAGAAUUCCAAAAGUCGUGGAACAUAGUGAAAAGCACGCUUCUGGAGCCCGAUGAGAGGCAGUUGACAAGGGGGAUUGCCUCGACCGACGUUCCGGCUCAUAUUCGGUCGAUGGUGGAUGCGCUGGUCUCUGAGUCGUCCAGGGUGGAAAGGGGAGAAACGGGUGAAUGUAUGGAAUAUCUGCUCAAGAAUGAUGUUCUCGGUACCCUUGUUCGACUGAGUGAAACUGAUCGGCCCUCGGGGAUUCAAGCAGAGGUCUUACGAGCGGUACAAAACAUGGUCGUUCUCCUGGACGACCAGUUUCUCGUGCAUUCUGCUGUUCACAGAGCAGUGCUUCGCUUGUUGAGGACAUGCGUGGGCGAUGAUAUACAGGAACAGCUAGAUGGGCGGAACAAGGUCAUGGGGGCUGCAGGGAGUGCAACUAGGACGUCACCCUCUGAGCACGAGGAAGAUUUGGUCAACUUGCUCUGCAUCUUAUGCAGCAGGAUCCUAACCUAUCGCGAACUGUUGAUGAUAUUCUUCCACGACAAGCAUUGGUACCGGUCGGAACCUUUGUUCGCAGUCGAAGAGGAGGACGAAGAAGAUGAAGAUGACGAGGAGGAUGAAGAGGAUGAAGACGCUGCUCAACGAAUCCCCUCGCCGACAUCAUCUCAGGCAACCAUAACGAGCGCCCAGCCUUCGACAACCCUGAAGAAGACAGAAUAUGAGUUUCUGCUAUUCAAUUACCUGCUACGGUUUGUCCAUCGUGAAGGACAGAUCGGCGAAUUUGCUCGAGCAGGGAUUCUAUUUCUCAUCGAUGUCGCGAUGUAUCCCGGGGAUGCUAGUGGCCCUCACCCUACCAGCGACGACGACUCUGAUGCCUCGAGACCCGAUCCAAUCAACGACGCAGCAUUGGCAUUGGCGGAAUACAUUCUAGACGGGGAUUUCUCAGACGUGUUGGGCGCUGGAUUAAACGCUGUCUAUUCAGUGCUUCCGCGGAAGCUCGGUUUCUUCCCUCUCAUCCAUCAAGACAGCACCUCUUCGACUGUCAUGACAAUUGGCUCCUCCGGUCUCGAUAACGAAGACGAACGCGAGAAGGUCCUGGCGAACAGAGAUAGAAGUAGGGCGAUGGGUAUAGAAGAUGCCCAGAGUCCGGACGUCAAGGCGCGAUUAGACCACUUUCUCAAAAUUCUGGAAUUUCUCCAAGAUGUAGUUCGCAGGAAUGUCGAGCACGAGGGUGUAGACGCAUCAACACUUAUUGGCGCUCAGAUUGUUCAGUCGAUACUGGAUGCUGUGCGCCAUACCUUCCUUGAAAACGUCCUCUACCCUUCAUUACUCGAAUGCUCGGACACAGAUGGAAGCGCGGUCGCCGUGAUGUCCUACAUCGAAACGAUUGUGCGGACCCUUCGACCAGGCCCUAUUCUCGACCUCAUCGUCGAGUUCCUUGUCUCUGAAGAUAGCGAUGCGCCCGGGGAGAAUCCACGGAGCAUGACGAGCAAACCACCAACGUCAACCACAUCUCAGGCAGAGCUCCGAGCCGCCAAGCACCGUCGACGGAAGAGCAGUGCGAUGGCGCUGCUUGAAAUGGAAGCCCCAGAAGCGAGGAAGAAAUCGGAAUACUUCACUUCCACAGGCCGAUUCACACUUCGUGACCUCUUGCUCGCCAACAUAAAGUCAAAGAACCAGGCCACAGCUACCACUGCGCUACAGCUUCUUAGCACGAUGCUCACUCACCAAACCCACAUAACCGCUGACCGACUCUUGGUCGUCAUUCCAGAUCUCCAGGCUACCGCCUUCCCCCAUCCAGGCCUUUUGCACGGGCUGAGCGGAUUGGAGAAGGCAAUAUCCGCAACAGAGGAUAAUGAUGGUGACGACGACGAUUUCCUCUAUCCCGGAGAGUCAAGACCCCGUCCGCGGCUUGACCCCCUCUUCAUCCAGCCGGAAACAACCUACUCCACGCAUGAGCGAGAAAUGGCCCUUUAUCUGAGCCUGAUUUCUCGCGCGGACCCAUCCCAUGAUAACGACGGAUUCAGCACCGGCUACGAACACUACCUUUACGAUGCACUCCUUUCCAUCCAAAGUCAGCCCCUGUAUCGUUACAUCGACGACAGUGGUUUCGACGAACGUAGCCAACAACUCAAACACCGUCUCAACGCAAACGAUCCCAUCUUAUCCCAACUUCUUGAACACACAAGGACAUUCUUCUCCAAUACCCCCGAGUUCAACGUCGCCCUCACCGGAGUAUUUGCGACGCUUGCCAUCAACCCAUAUCGCUCUCUGGCCGGAUGGCUGACUUUUGCUCACAAAGACAGUGAAUUUAUUCAGCAAGCAUCUGAUUUGGACGACGGGCGGGAUGAUCGCUCGAUUGACUCUGUGAUCAACUCGAAACUUUCCAGUGAGGCCAAUGCACUCCCUGCAGCGCGGAUGGAUGAGCACUCUCGCCCGGUGGUGUACACCGUUCUGCAUAGCCUCCUUAACCAGCUGGAGCGAUACCGACAACAGGUUGACGAUUUUGACAUGUAUCUCAAGGAACGGAGACAGGGACUGUUGUUCAACGAGAAGCUCACCGACGCGUUGGAGAUCAUGCUUGACGGAGAAGAGUUUACUCCAAGACCUAUUUCCCCGCCUGAAUCCGUCAAGCCCAAGCCCAAGUCGCGACCAUCGGCAACUUCAGCGAUCGCUUCGUUCCUGAGCCCAAGGAAGUCGAAGCCCAAGCCCACUCCGCCGCCGGAACCGGCUACCCCUCAGAAGGACCACAAGAAACUCGUUCCUCCGAGCCCGUUUGGUGCUCACUAUCAUCAGACCAGCGCUAUCACGCUCGAACCGUUUAUUGCCCCAGUUCCCUUUACAGCCUUGUGGACACCCUCGAAAAAGGUGGAUUGGAGUACGAUGGAGGAGGAUGUAUUCGGGCCGACUUCUUGGGGUGGUGAUAGGUCGAUGACGAUAUCUGAGCUGGAUGAAGAAGAGGAAGAGUAUGUUCCCAGUAAACCCACUACAGUGACACUGUCGCAACUAUUGGAUAAUGUUGUGAUAUUGGAGGAAAGUAUCAAGGAGCUAGUGUCGAUUAUUCAUGCGAGGAGAAGUCUAGGUAUUGACGCCCUCAGAUAUGUGUAG